GACUGGUUCAGUCUCACACACACACACACACAUUCUACACGGGUUGUAGUCCUGCGUGUCCUUGACGUCCUACACAGUGAACAAACUUUUAACUAUUCUGUCAUCUUUAAUAACUCAGGAGAAUGGGGGUUCUCAUGUCGAAAGCUAUGGACCAGAACCUGAAGAAGCAGCAGGAGUUCAUGCUGAACAAUGCCAGACUGCAGAUGGAACGACAGAUUCUCAUGCAGAACGAGAUGCGAGAGCGACAGAUGGCUAUGCAGAUCGCCUGGUCCAGAGAAUUUCUUAAAUACUUUGGGUCUUUCUUCGGCCUGGCGGCAGUCGGCCUCACCGCUGGAGCCAUAAAGAGAGGGAGACCGGGUCUGUUUGUGCCGGUGGUGCCGCUCAGCUUCAUCCUGGUGUAUCAGAUGGACAUGGCGUACGGAUCUUUCAUCCACCGUAUGAGAGGGGAAGCCGAGAGCAUCAUGGUGGCUGAAGCGGAUCGGCUGAGUUUGCCUCACGGACAGCCGUCGUUUGACAGCAUCGAGAAAAAGCGCAGAGCAAACUCCCACCUCCCUCCUAUCUUGGAGAAAUGAGGGACACUUUUAGUGGUAGUGAGUCUGGGAGUGGGAAUGAGAGGGUGGUGAUCAAGAUGUUUUUGUACUCUGACAGGGCGCUCUGAAGUUCUUAAUUUAUCAGAAUUUAAAGUUUUAACUAUUGAUCAUAAGUUUGAUGCUGAUAAGCUCAGCGAGCAAGGUAAAGAAUCAUGGCUUUAACAAAUAAUUGGAAUAUCUUCCUAUCGUCACUUUGGAUCAAAUGCAACUGAUAAGCAUAACAUCUCGACACUGAUUUGAUGUUUUUGAUAAAAAUGACUAGUGCUGGCUACGUAAAAACCCAAAGUGGAUUAUAUUGCAAUAGUGGCGCGGUAUGUGCUCACCUUUAAAGAGAAACUGAUGUAUUGCAGUUAAAGAAAAUAAUUCUGUUCAUUCACUUUCAGACCUCACACGCUGGAGUUUCUUUUUUUUUUCCUUGUAUUAUAUAUAUUUUUUAAAAAUAAUAACUAAACUUCAUUAAAACUUCAGAAGCAGGGCAAAUUUUGAGACUGGAACAACUUUAAUAAUCAGGCAUACAGGAGAGACAGAGGAGAUGCUGCUGUUUGUCAUGUUUAAUCUCUCUCUGAUGUCUCAACACAGUUAGAUAGUUCCUUAGCUUCGUAAAAUGGCAAUGUGCUCCUUUUUACUGUUUGCUUCUGAGAAAUAUUAAAUAAACAAUGAGCUAUCUA